AUGUACACGAGAUUUCCAGUUGUAUUGUGUUCAUUGUUCGUCAUUUUGGUUCGACCAAAUCUUUCAGUUAGCUACUAUGAAUCUGAAUUAGUCGAACUAAAAAAGCUAAACGAUUAUAUCCCAGUCGCUGUGACAAACAUGACAAACCUUGCCAGGAAAUGCAGAAUGCUGCUAUGUUAUAUUGAAACCAUGUACAAUAUUGGAAGCGAUGGUGGUACAUCACAAUGUGACUUGACUAGAAAACCAGUUAGUCUUCCAGAUGAAUAUUUGAUGGAAAAGAUCAAUGAAAUCAACCAAGGAGUUCAGAUGUUGGAUGAAGCACUUCAUGAAAUAAAACUGUCUCGUGAUACAACAGGGUGGCCCAAAAAUAUAAUUCCAACCUUAGGGCAUCCCAGGAAUAUAUUUGCAACCUUAAGGCUCUACGGAAUUAAUGCUCAAGUGCAAAAGGUUUUAACCCUUUCAUGCAUCUCUGGAGAUUCACCACAAACCCGAAAGUUGACGCCUGCAGAAAGUGGGGUUGCUUGUGAUUGCUUUGGCAAAGUAUAUUUAGCAGUGAAUAGAAGCUUCGGAUUUAAUGAAAACUUCGCCUUGGACGCAGCAGAGUUCCCAACAUUUUGGUACGACAAGAUCGUUCAAUCAGUCAAACAAACUGGGGCAUAAGACGACACCUUCAUCAAGUAAGUUUUCAAAAUACAUUAAGUGUGUGUUAUGACCUGAACGAAGACCCAGUAAACUUCAAGCGAAUACUAACUUAAUGCUCUGGCUAAUCUGUCCUAAUCGCUCGUCAGCAACAAGAAUAACACCGCCUGCAAGCAAAGACAAAAAAAAGACUGGACGUCAAUAAGAUAGAUUUCACCGUCUCUAACAACAGGUAGAAUGCUGGAAACAAAUAAUAGUCAAAAGGCUAGACAGUCAGAAUGACCUUGAAAAUGCGAAAAUUCAGUGACGCAUUAAAAGUAUUUACAGCCAAUGGGAAUCCAACAAUCCGAACAGAGGGAAAAACAAAUGGCCAAAGCGCGAUUACUCCUUAAAAUAGUUAUUUUAAUCUUUUAAUCCAAAUCAAUCGAAACUAAGUGCAUAUUACAGUGUCAUACCCAAAAACUGAUUGAAACUAGUGGAAUUUAAAAAACAACAUUUUUAACAGUAAUACAUAAAUAAGUAGUAUAUUUAGCAAACUGUAAAUGUCAUUUGUUUGGUGCUUUAUUCAAACAAAACUCAACUGUUCAAUGU